AUGGUUGAUGAUUACAGUAAUUGGAUGAAAGACGUAGAUGGUAAUUUGUACCUCUCGCAGCUCUCCAUUCCUGGGACGCACAACAGCGCCGCAUGCCACAUCGCGCUUCCUAGUGUGAAGUGUCAGGACCACACUAUUUCAGAACAGCUGGAGCAAGGCGUACGUUUCCUAGAUAUCCGUUUGGGUAAGCCGCUGUUUAGUGGUAAGAAUACAGAAGCCAAGGAUAUCAGCGAGUUACAAGUGAUCCACGGCAAGUUCCCUGUGCGUAUUCCUUUCCCAGUUAAAUUCUCGGGCACGUUGGACGAGAUUUACAAGUUUCUCGAUAAGCAUCCUGAUGAGGCUGUGAUUGUGUCGUUGAAGCAAGAAGGUUCGGACUCAUGGAACAAUGAUGAGGAUGAAUUUCCCAAUUAUAUUUGGGAGCAUUACAUCUCUAAAAACCAGGACAAAUGGUACCUUAAGCCAGAAGCUCCAAAACUUCAAGAUGCCAGAGGGAAAAUUGUUCUUUUCCGCCGAUUCGGUUUGAAGGAUGAGGCUAAAAAGGAUCAUUUCGGGAUUGAAGCCUCCUGGUGGACCUAUAACACCACCAGCGAAGAUCGUGGAACUAUCCACGUUCAGGAUUAUUGUGAGGUCAACAAAACCGAUGAUAUAGUUCAAAAAGCGCAAUACGUAAAGGACUUGAUGCAAACUGCACACCAGUUUAAUUCCACUAACCCAGAAUCCACCAAGAUGUUCCUAAACUUCUGCUCUGGCUCUAACUUCCAUAACCCAGAUUGCUGGCCCGAGAAGAUUGCUUCCAAGAUGGCUCAGUGUGAAGUCUUCAACGAUAUCAAGAAGGGAUGCGGAGUCGUCGUCAUCGACUACGCGGGGAUGAACGCUUGGCAAUAUCCUCACCAAAUCGUGGACUGCAACUUCUGA